CCCCCCCACCAAGGUCACAGAGCUGUCAUUUCAUUGGUGAGAAGAUAGAGGGGCUGAGCUGGGCAGGCCUGGGCCGGCCCAGGGGGGUGGGCUGCUCUGACACACAGUGUCGGGAGGGUCCCCUUGAUCACUGCCCCCCAAUCUCAGGGCCUCAGUGCAGUGUCGACUCUGCUGCUGCACCCACAUCAAGCAGAGCUGAGCCCCAGGUGGUCCAGCACAGGCCGGUGACAAGGCAGGAAGAACAGCCUGGGGGCCACAUGGGCCAAAGAGUGCAGGCUGUGUGUGUGUGUGUGUGUGUGUGUGUGUGUGUGUGCAGGUGCAGGUGUGCUGCAGUGUGUACAUGCAGGUGCAGUGGUCUGUCAUGGAGGUAUGGGAAUCCAUCGCCUGGGUAUGCAGGUCCAUGCUCUGUGGUGUGUGUGUGUGUGUGCGCGCGCGUGCACCUGUGGGUGUCCUGUGCAUGUUCUGAGUGUGCCGAGCUGUGGGCCCUCCCCACAGGCCAGUGGAGACACUUCCUGUAAACAUCUGCCAGGGCUGAGCCGCCCGGAGCCCUCCCGCUCCCGGCUCCUCUUGCUCCUCCACCCCAGCACCGGUCUGCGAGGCCCAGGUGCAGGGAGGGGCAGUGCUUCUGCACACCUGGAGCCGCCGGCCGCGGGGGCCCAUUUGGUUACAGCUUUUCUCCCUCCUUUGCAUGCAGCCCCUGGGGGCCCAGCGAGAGGCCUGUCCCCAGAGGGAGGCUCCCACUCUGUCGGGUGCCAGACCCGGCGGGGGCACCGCCAGCCACGGGCUCCCAACGCUUCCCGCCACACGGUGCCCAGUUCCCAGACGGGCUGAGAGGCACGCCCCCCCUCAGGCUGCCUGUGGGUGCAGGUGGAGCCCCUCCUGACUGCAGAUGGCCCCCCCGGGUGGGAGAGACCCGUGUUCUGUGCCCACUCCCGGGCAGGGCAGCUGGAGAGCCCAGGACCCUCUGCAGAGGAAUCCUGGGCGUCCCUCCUGCCCUCCCCAAGUGGGUGGAUGGGAGGGGCUUGGGCGCCAGCAGGUGACAAGGCCAUGGGCAGGAGCUGCUCCAAGCUGUCGGCCAGAGGGACUGGUAGAGUUAGGACGGCCAGCAGCGCCUGCCGUGUGCAGCCUCGGGCUCAGGAAGGGGCUUGGCAGGGGAGGAGGGUUUUGCUAAACAAAUCCUCCUCCCCUCCCAGCCCUGCUCACCCUGCCGGGUCCACCGCCGGCCAUUGUCAUCAGGAGCCGUCUCCGCCAUGGCCGGCCUGGCUCUGCUGGGCCUCUGGGCUCUGCUGGGCCUCGGAGCGGGGGGCCCCCUGUGUCUGUCCCGACAGCUCCGGAUGCGGGGGGACUAUGUGCUGGGGGGGCUCUUCCCCCUGGGCGCGGCCGAGGACGCGGGCGAGGACGCGGGCCUCGGCCCCAGGACCCAGCCCAACACCACCGUGUGCACCAGGUUCUCCUCGCUCGGCCUGCUCUGGGCCCUGGCCAUGAUGAUGGCCGUGGAGGAGAUCAACCGGGGGUCGGCCCUGCUGCCCGGCCUGCGCCUGGGCCACGACAUCUUCGACACCUGCUCGGAGCCGGUGGUGGCCAUGAAGCCCAGCCUGGGGUUCAUGGCCGAGGCGGGCGGCCGCGACGUCGCCGCCUACUGUGACUACUCACGGUACCAGCCCCGCGUGCUGGCCGUCAUCGGGCCCCACUCCACGGAGCUGGCCCUGGUCACCGGCAAGCUCUUCGGCUUCUUCCUCAUGCCCCAGGUCAGCUACGGGGCCAGCGCAGACCGGCUGAGCGACCGGGAGGCCUUCCCUUCCUUCUUCCGCACGGUGCCCAGCGACCGUGCCCAGGUGGCGGCCGUGGUGGAGCUGCUGCACGCGCUCCAGUGGAACUGGGUGGCCGCCGUGGGCAGCGACGACGAGUACGGCCGGCAGGGCCUGAGCCUCUUCUCCAGCCUGGCCAGCGCCCGGGGCCUCUGCAUCGCCCACGAGGGGCUGCUGCGGGCGGCCACGGGGGGCGCCCACGGCCCGCAGCUGGGCGAGGCGCAGGGGCUGCUGCGCCAGGUGAACCAGAGCCGCGUGCAGGUGGUGGUGCUCUUCUCCUCCGCCCGGGCGGCCCGCGCCCUCUUCAGCUUCAGCAUCCGCUCCGGGCUGGCGCCCAAGGUGUGGGUGGCCAGCGAGGCCUGGCUGACGUCGGCCCCGGUGCUGUCCCUGCCCGGCCUGGCCCGCGUGGGCACCGUGCUGGGCUUCCUGCAGCGGGGCGCCCCGAUGCCCGACUUCCCGGCCUACGUGCACGCCCGCCUGGCCCGGGCCGCGGACCCCGCCUUCUGCGCCUCGCUGGGCGCGGGGCGGCCGGGCCCCGAGGGGCACGUGGCGGGGCCCGGCUGCCCGCAGUGCGACCACGUCUCGCCGGAGGACGUGUCCACCGGCCUCCUGCACCACCAGGCCUUCUCGGCCUACGCCGCCGUGUACAGCGUGGCCCAGGCCCUGCACAACACGCUGCUCUGCACCGCCUCGGGCUGCCCCCCACGCGCGCCCGUGAGGCCCUGGCAGGUGAGGACGAGGGAGCUGGGCCGGCCCCGCGUGUGCCCAAGGGGAGGAGGGGGCAGAGGAGGGGGCCUGGGACUGGCUGCUGGGACAGCCCCGCCCCCCCUGGCUCCCCACCCACUGCCCACACCCCGCCAGCUCCUGGAGAACAUGUACAACAUGAGCUUCCGGGUGCGGGGCCUGCCGCUGGGGUUCGACGCCAGCGGGAACGUGGACAUGGCCUACGACCUGAAGCUCUGGGUGUGGCGGGACCCGGAGCCCGAGCUGCGCACGGUGGGCAGCUUCGACGGCCGCCUGCAGCUGCAGCUGCCCCAGAUGCGCUGGCACACGCCCGGGAACACGGUGAGUGCCGGGCCGGGCCCCACCGCACAGCCGCUCAGCGGCAAGGCCCGCCCGCCUGGGGGGGGCGGGGGCGGGGGCGAGGGCGAGGGGGCAGCCGUCCCAGGCCCUGGGGGUGCACCCGGCCUGCGGGCGAGGCCUGAGUCCGAGGCCCCGCUCCAGAGGCCCGUGUCCCAGUGCUCCAGGAAGUGCCAGGAGGGCCAGGUGCGCCGGGUGAAGGGGUUCCACUCCUGCUGCUACGACUGCAUGGACUGCAAGGCGGGCAGCUACCGGCGCAGCCCAGAUGACCUCUCCUGCACCCCGUGCGGCCAGGACCAGUGGUCCCCCGACAGGAGCCUGCGCUGCUUCGCCCGCAGGCCCCGGUGGCUGGCCUGGGGGGAGCCGGCCGUGCUGGUGCUGCUCGCGCUGCUGGCCCUGACACUGGGCCUGGUGCUGGCGGCCCUGGGGCUGUUCGUCCGGCACCGGGACAGCCCCCUGGUGCAGGCCUCGGGCGGGCCGCGGGCCUGCUUCGGCCUGGCCUGCCUGGGCCUGGCCUGCCUCAGCGUCCUCCUGCUGCCCGGCCGGCCCCGGCCCGCCCGCUGCCUGGCCCAGCAGCCGCUGCUGCACCUGCCCCUCACGGGCUGCCUGAGCGCCCUCCUCCUGCGGGCGGCCGAGGUCUUUGUGGAGGCGGAGCUGCCGCCCGGCUGGGCGCACCGGCUGCGCGGGCACCUGCGGGGGCGGAGGGCCUGGCUGGCGGUGCUGCUGGCCAUGCUGGCGGAGGCGGCGCUGUGCACCUGGUACCUGGUGGCCUUCCCGCCGGAGGUGGUGACGGACUGGCAGGUGCUGCCCAGGGAGGCGCUGGUGCACUGCCGAGUGCGCUCCUGGGUGGGCUUCGCCCUGGUGCACGCCGGCAACGCCGUGCUGGCCUCGCUCUGCUUCCUCGGCACCUUCCUGGUGCACCGCCAGCCCGGCCGCGGCGAGGGCGCCCGCAGCCUCACCUUCGCCAUGCUGGCCUACUUCAUCACCUGGGUCUCCUUCGUGCCCCUCUUCGCCAACGUGCACGUGGCCUACCAGCCCGCUGUGCAGAUGGGUGCCAGCCUCCUCUGCGUCCUGGGCAUCCUGGCCACCUUCCACCUGCCCAGGUGCUGCCUGCUACUGCGGCAGCCGGCGGGCACCCUGCCCGCGUCCUCCCAGGGAGGGGGUCCUGGCGGUGCCGGCGGGCCGGGCGGCAGCAGGGGUGGAGCCCUCGACCCAGCGACCUCGCCCCAGGGCGCCCAGACCUAGCUCCUUCCUGCAGAGCAACCUGCAGGCCCACCCCUAGGUCCUGACCCCAGGCUGACUGCUGCCUGUGACCCAACGCCCGCAGGGCCUGUGCUUGGCCCUGUGAGGUCUCACCACGUGGGCACCAGUCAGGCUGUCCCAUCCAGCCAGGCCUGCCCAGGGACCCCACGGCCACACCCAGGCGGAGGGCUCAGGGAAGCCACAGCUGGGUCACCUGCAGGUCAAGCUGGGCAUCAUUCACCUGGCUGGGCCUAGCCUAGGUCCCCCACCCAGCACCCCUCCGAUCACCACUGGGGUGGGAGGUGGGUGAGUGUGCUACAGCCGCCCUAACAUGGGCCCCAGUGCAGGACGGAGGCCCCUUGGGGUGGACACCAGCUUCCUCUCCCCCCCGCCCCCCGUCCUGGCUGGAGCCGAUAAGAGGGGUAAGCCCACCGCCAGCACCGCGGACAGAGCCUGGCUGGGUGGGGGGUUCAGCACCAAGGCCAGCGCCCGCCGUCAGGACCCCUGGAACCAGGAGCCAGCACCGUGAACAGAAGACGUGGCGCCAGGACCUGGAGGGCUGCUAGCAACUGGCCAGGCCCCGGGGGAGGCUGGCCCAGCCCCCACACAGGAAUCUGAGGGAGCUGGCAGGAGGGAGGAGACACAGGCACAGUCAGUCCCAUAAAAUUAAAUGCUUUUUAGUGUUUAAAAUAGCA